AUGAAAGCAUCUCCAGCUGCGCACCGAUGUGGUGACAUCCUACUAACCUACAUUUCAACCUGAAAGCGACAAUGGCGGCGAAAGGAAGAUUUGCUUACUGACAUAAGUGCAUCUACUGCGAGGAAACAAAGAAUAAAAGUCCAAUAUGAGGAGCAUGGAGCAGGAGUUGCAGUGUCCGGUGUGCAAGGACAUUGUCAAGCAGCCCAUCGUGCUCCCCUGCCUGCACAGCGUGUGCCUGAUGUGUGCUUCAGAGGUGCUGGUCCAGAGCGGGUACCCGCAGCCUGAGCUGCCCCCAGAGCCCAACUCACCCGCCUCCACCCCUAACACACGGUCCCCUCGGCAGAUGCGCAGACCCAUGCCUAAGUCCGACCGUGUUGAUCGCUUGUUGCGCUCGGGUUCUGGGACAUACCCGGGUCGCAGGCGAAAGGAGGGUCCUCCAUCUCUCAUGCUUUUCCCUUGUGCCCCCUGUGGGCGAGAUGUAGAACUAGGUGAGAGAGGAUUGGCUGAUUGCAUGAGGAACCUUACUCUGGAGAGAAUUGUGGAAAGGUACAGACACACAGUGAGUCUGGGCAGUGUGGCUGUCAUGUGUCAGUUCUGUAAACCGCCGCAGGCCCUGGAGGCCACUAAAGGUUGUGCUGACUGCAGGGCAAGCUUCUGUAAUGAGUGCUUUAAACUCUACCACCCCUGGGGCACUCCCCGCGCCCAGCACGAACAUGUUCUGCCUACCCUGAACUUCAGGCCAAAGGUGCUGACGUGUCCAGAACAUGAUCAGGAAAGGCUGCAGUUUUACUGCAAGUCAUGUCAGAUGCUUCUAUGUGCGCUUUGUAAAUUGCGCAGAGUUCACACGGGCCACAAGAUGGCACCCGUCUCCCAGGCCUAUCAGACUCUCAAGGAUAAGAUUACCAAGGAGCUCAACUAUAUCCUGUCCAAUCAGGACAUGUUGUUGACUCAAAUCACCCAACUGGAGAAUGCCAUCACCCAAACUGAGGUGAACAGUGUAUCGGCCAAAGAGCAGCUCUCUCACUGCCUGAAGGAGAUAAUGGCAUUGCUAACAGAGCGACAGUCUGUGCUGACCCAGGCUCUGGAAAGCUCGCGGCAGAGAAGGGCAGAUGCCCUGGCCAAUCAGGUGGCAGAAAAACGCAGUCUGCUGGAGCACGCCGGCUUGAUUGCUUUUACUCACGAGCUGCUUAAAGAAAAUGACCCGUCCAGCUUCGUGCAUGCGGCCAGAAUAACACACAACCGAUUGUCCCAGUCCAUUGAAUCUAUGCAGCGUUUCUCUCUCUCUGCGGAUCCCUCAUUCCGUCAUUUCCAGCUUGAUGUUUCGAGAGAGCUUAAGCUCCUCACUGACUUGAACUUUAUCCAGGCCCCUCUUGCCCCUGUGAUCGACACCCAGCGAACUCUUGCGUACGACCAGCUCUUCUUGUGUUGGCGGUUACCGCAAGACUCCACUCCCGCCUGGCAUUUCUCUGUGGAAUUCCGUCGGCGUGGAGUGGUGCCAGGGGGCGGGGCCAGAGGGGGUCUCCGAGGGGGACUAGCUGCCGCUCGCUGGGGCUGGCAGAGAAUGGACGAGGUGACCGGGACCUGUGCAGUGAUUGACAGGCUGGAGAUGGACAGUGUUUAUGUGCUUAGGGUGAGAGGCUGCAACAAGGCAGGGUUUGGGGAAUACAGUGAGGAAGUAUAUUUACACACACCACCAGCUCCAGUGUUGAAUUUUUACCUGGACUCCCGUUGGGGUCUUCACGCGGACAGACUGGUGGUGAGUAAGGAACAGCGUUGUGCUCGCAGUGUGCCUGGUCUCUCCCUGCUGCAGGCCGCUGAUCGUGCCCUCACAUCCUGUCACCUGACGUCAGACCUACUUGUGGGCGAUGUGGCCAUAACUCAGGGCCGACACUAUUGGGCAUGCUCAGUAGAGCCCGGCUCCUACCUGGUCAAGGUUGGUGUGGGCUUGGAGUCCAAACUUCAAGAAUGGUUUCAUCUGCCUCAAGACAUGGCUAGCCCACGAUAUGAUCCAGACAGCGGCCAUGACAGUGGGGCUGAAGAUUCAUCCGAUUCCCCUCCCCCUUUCUCUUUCCUCACGAUGGGCAUGGGCAAAAUCUACCUGCCCUCCUCUGCCAACUCCCACCAUGGAAAUGCCAAUUACAGGGAGUCUGGCUUCACUAACGGCAACGGCCCUUCUUCGCCAACAGGCGUCACCUAUCCUCUCCCUCCAAGGCUGGGGGUGUGUCUCGACUUUGAGAAAGGACGUGUCACGUUUUACGAUGCCCACUCGCUCCGCCCACUGUGGGAGGGACCUGUUGAUUGCUCCGCCCCUGUGUGUCCUGCAUUCUGUUUCAUUGGAGGCGGAGCUCUGCAGCUACAGGAGCUGGUAGCCAAUCGCAAUGCAAAUCAAACGCCUGUACGAAGAGUCACCAUCCAAUCACGUGUUACGAAACUGAACUGAGGUCAUUGAAAUAUUAUGUAUCUGGGAAAAUACCAAUAGAUAUACACAGGAUUGUCAGAUUCAGUAUUGUUUUUAUAUUUACAUUUUAAGAGAAAGUUUUUAACUGUACCCAACAUAAACCUCUCAGCUUAAAAAUUUCAGCUUAUCUUUGCUAUUUCACCUGACAUUAUAUUUGCGAGGGCCUUAUUGCUGCACUGCUUGCAAAUAAAUCAUGCGUUUUGUGAUGCCACCUAUAUAACCCUACAAAAAUAUUGUAAAAAUACAUAACCACACUUAUAUAUAGAGCAUAUGCAAAAAUGUAUACUUACCAUCUUAAAAGGGGCGACCUCUCUGUUCCAGUGUAGGAAAUGUGCCUCAAAGUUAUUGAUACUGUAUUCUCACUGUGUAUAUUUUGGUAAUAUAAUAUACAGUGUAUUACAGUUUUUAUUAAUUUCCAAAAAGCAGAAACUGUUACACAAGGCCUCAUUUUAUAACCCACAUUACUAUGGUAAACAUCUGCUGUUUUACCCUUUAGCCAUGUGCUUUCAAGAUAGAUCUGUCAAACUCGGCUGUUAACUGGAGCAUGUAUAAAGAUAUUUCCCAAUGUAUGUCUAUUCCCAGACCAAAUGCUUUUUGCUACUUUUUUUGCUUUAGAUGCAAAAUAUUUGAUUUUUAUGAUGAAAUAUGUGGCUUCUAGGCUGCUGUAGGCAUAUGAAAGAUUGUUUUCUGAGUAAUUAAUUAAAGCACACACACUAUAGCUUACACAAAUCUGUAUAGUUGUUUAGAAUUCCCCUGUGUAAUUGGAAAAAAUAUUAAAAGGCUAAUAAGACUAAUAAUUAAUCUCAUCCUCUUAAAGGAAUGUUCCAGGUUCAAAACAAGUUAAGCUCAAUCUACAACAUUUGUGGCAUCAUUAUGAGUCCCACAAAAAAUAAUUUAAACUUAUCCCUUGUUUAUAAAAAAAAAAAAAAGCAAAAUUUGCGAUUACAGUUAGAGACUUACAAUGGAAGUGAAUGGGGCCAGUCCAUAAACACUAAAAUACACACUGUUUCUAAAGGAUAGGUGCGAAACAUAAACAUUAUAUGUGUCAAAAUGAUUUUAGUGUAAUAAAAUCAGGGAUUUAACUGGUGUUAUGGCAUUUACCAGAUUAUAAGAUUCACUGGUGUUACAUCAUCAUGACAAAGUUGUCAAAUUGGAUAGAACUUUACAUAGAUAAGUUUAGUAAGGUAUUUUAUCACACUAAAAUCAUCUUAACAUGUAUAAUGUUUACAUCUCUUGGCUUUUGAACUGGCCCCAUUCACUUCCAUUGUAAAUGUCUUACUGUAAAUUAACUUUAAUUAGAUUUUUUUUUAUUAUUAUUAUUAUUAUUUUUUUGUGGUUAUCCAACAUUAUGCCACAAAUGUUGUUGAUUGAGCUGAAAUUGUAUUAAACCCAGAACAUUCCUUUAGAAUGCAGUGGAAUAGUUAGGAAGUGCACUGCUUUACUGAAUAUUUAUGCAAAUGAAUGUGUAUGAGUGUGCAAGUGUGUGUACUGCACUAAUCCCACCAUUGUAAAUCACUUUAUGCAAGCUUGUAGAGAACAUUUUUAAGAGUUUGACUCAAGUGCUUGAUUUCAGUCUGGCAUAGGGCUAUGCUUCCCUGGAAUGGCUUUAAAGUGAAGUUUUGAAAUGUUUUUGGAGAGAAUGGUGGCUUUACCUGCUGGCAGAAUGUUUAGUACACUAAUAAAUAAUUAUCUGAAAAUGAAACUUCAUUUAGUAGUUGGAUUAAAAUGUGCACUACUGUGUUUUUAUAAAUAGGGGGCAGCAGUGUAUUCAUAUACUGUAUAUGAGUCCCUGUCCUCUACCAAGGAGGAUUACACUUUGACUGCUACAAAUGGCAACAUUAAUGUUUUUGUCAACACAGCUAUCGAAAGAAUUGGGUCGCAUGGACAGAUAAGAUAUGCCACACUUUCAUUUUGGACUGAUGGUCAUACACUUGUAAUCGCUGGAUGUUUAUCAAGCACACAGAAUAAAGAAUGGGCAUUUCAGAAAAUCAGGACCCAAUAAUUUUGUAUGGUUGAGAUUCACUACCGGUCAAAAGUUUUGAAACAUUAGACUGAAAUGUUUCUCAUGAUCUUAAAAAUCUUUUGAUCUGAAGGCGUAUGCUUAAAUGUUUGAAAUUAGUUUUGUAGACAAAAAUAUAAUUGUGCCACCAUAUUAAUUUAUUUAAUUAUAAAUCUAAAAUUUAAUAAAAAAAAAAAAAAGGUUUUUGAAAUUGAUGACUUGGACCAAAUAAUAAAGAAAAGCAGCCAAUAAGUGCCCAACAUAGAUGGGAACUCCUUCAAUACUGUUUAAAAAGCAUCCCAGGGUGAUACCUCAAGAAGUUGUUUGAGAAAAUGUCAAGAGUACAUGUCUGCAAAUUCUA